AAAUGGGGUUUGUGGUGUUGAGUUCAGUGUUGUGUGCACACGCAGUUUAGUGGAAUCAGCGACCAGACCAGAGACUAGUGGGCUGGGAUUUCCUGUUUUGUGACAGUGUACCGCUCUUCUCUGUCAUGGUAAUGAUAAUACCGGAAAGUGUCUGGAAGGUCACACAUUGACCUUUUGUACAUGGAGGUAGCAUUGCCAGAGCAUGGUAAUUUAACUCUCAAUUUUGGUUCCUCUGAAUUUUUGUUUUGCUCAUCCAUCGUUUUGUAACUUAAAAGCAGUUAAAUCUGGGGUAAAUAUUGCAAUCAUUUACUGCCAAGUGUUGGUGAGAAUACUAGCUGAUAUUGGAAUACAUUACAAGGAUAAAGAUGGUGACAAUUCUACUCUUUAUGGCAUUAGCUCAUCAAAUGGUGUUAUCUACAUUGGCAGCUGGUGAAGAGAUCAGGCUGGUCAAUGGCACUAGUCUCUGCUCGGGGACAGUAGAGAUUCUUUACAAGGGCCAGUGGGGAAGAGUGUGUGGUCAGAAGUGGGACGUAAACGAUGCCAAUGUGGUGUGUCGCCAGCUGGGCUGUGGAAGGACUGUGAGUGUCCAAGGUACUGCCCACGUAGGUCAGGGUAGUGGUGGCAGACCUACUUGGCUGGAUGAUGUUGGGUGUAACGGCAGUGAGAGCUCCCUCACAGAAUGCUCACAUGGAGGAUUGAAACACCAUGACUGUUUACAGUCUCAAGACGCCAGAGUUGUCUGCUCAGUUAAACCUAACGUCAGACUGGUCAAUGGGAGUGACCACUGCUCUGGGAGGGUGGAGGUCUAUCAAAUUGGUCACUGGCGAACCGUGUGUGAUGACGUGUGGGACUUGAAUGACACUGCUGUGGUGUGUAGACAGCUGGGCUGUGGGAGAGCUGAUAGUGCCACAGAGAGGGCCUACUUUGGUCAGGGCAGUGGGUCCAUUUGGCAGGAUGAUGUUGGCUGCUCUGGCAGUGAGUGCUCCAUCACACAGUGCCCACACACAGGAGGAGGAACACAUGACUGUAAUCAUGGUAACGACGCAGGUGUUAUUUGUUCAGGUGUUGUCUUGCAGAAGCCUUCACUCUCCACAGACCCGGCCUAUUCUGCCUUCUUGCAUGGAGAGGAGGUCCAUCUCACCUGCACUCUUCCAUCCUGUAUCCUCUGUAAUGCUGUGGAAUUCCUCUUCUAUCUGAAUAGAGACUCCAUCAUGUCCGUGACCGUUGGAUCCUCACAGCCCAGGGCUACUUUAACAAAGUUUAAGAUGGAUGCUUCACACCAGGGCAGUUACCGCUGUCUCUACAGAACCCUCUCCAACGGCCAAGUCAUCAGCUCCCCUUACAGCAACGUUACUAAAGUGGUCCUGCUACAGCCCAACAUCUCUCUCAGUCCUCCAAAUGGAGGGAUGUUUUGGGAACCUCAGGGGCCAGAGGUGAUCAGGGGCCACAGCUUCUCCAUCACCUGCUCCAUUCAGCCACAGUAUCCUGGAGGCCUCUUCUAUCUGAACUUCUCUGGAUCCAACAGAACUGAGACUACGCCAGCAGUCAACCACUCUGCCUCUUUCCACUUCCCUGUUGCAGAGUAUAAAGACCAGGGGAAAUACAGCUGCAGCUAUGGAGUCAACGUCUCCACCCGGUUAUUCAGGUCGGCUAAUAGUGAACUAGCUGUCACCAUUAGAGCAUUCAUGGUCCCCAUCAUUGUUUCUGGAGGGACUGGUGGGGUAGCACUGCUGUUUCUGCUUCUGCUUGUCAUCUGUCUAGUCAUCUUGAGGACAAGGAGGAGCAGAAAGCCAUCUACAGAGACUGGCCAGAGAGAAUGUAUUGACAACAGAGGGGAGGACCACGAAGAGGAAGAGGAAGAGGAAGAGGACUAUGUGAAUUUAGAAAACAACUGUUACGAGGGAGGUCUGGAAAGAGUGACGGGUGAAAAGAAGAAUGGGAAGGAAAAAGGGCACAGCUAUGGGAAAUCAGAGGAUGUCUAUGACAACGAGCAUGGAAACAUUCAAAGAAAGAGUGUUUGUGGGGGGUCUCAUGAGAAAAUGAACAGUGAACACGAUGAAGAAGAUUACGUUAAUAUCUCCGCUCAGGACAAUUCUGUAACACAGGCAGGGGCGUCAGUUGGGUAUAGCUCAAGACCAGAAAUGAGUGGAGUGAGUGAUCACUCUCUGAAGAUGGAGAUCGCAGGCUCCAUGCCCCCUCUCAUCCAGGAGAUGCGUAAGAACUCAGAGGGUCUGGAGGGCCAGGGGGCCGCUCCAGCAAAGGAGGGGCUCCACCAGGCAGCUGCUCAGCCUGUCCCCCAGCUCAGCCCGCAGCAGUCCGCCUGCACCCUCCCCUUAGACGGGGGUCCACUGCCACCCCCCAGGCAGAGACAGCCAGAAGCUGGUGAAGAGAUCAGGCUGGUCAAUGGCACUAGUCUCUGCUCGGGGACAGUAGAGAUUCUUUACAAGGGCCAGUGGGGAAGAGUGUGUGGUCAGAAGUGGGACGGUGAGGAUGGAAAAUCGGUGAGGAACGACAGGAACAAGAAGAAGAAGGAGGAGAAGAAGCCAGAGUGUUCGGAGAUCUACGUGCUGAGUACCGAGACAGAGCAGAUGAUCGAAUGCGUCCGCAAGGCCCAUAAGGAGACGUUUCCCUCGCUCUGUCAGCUGGGCAAAUACACCACGAAUAACAGUGCAGAGCACCGCGUGGCUCUAGAUGUGAACCUGUGGGAUAAGUUCAGUGAGCUGUCCACUAAGUGUAUCAUCAAGACGGUGGAGUUUGCCAAGCAUCUGCCAGGCUUCACCACCCUCACUAUCGCUGACCAGAUCACCCUGCUCAAGGCUGCCUGUCUGGACAUACUGAUUCUGAGGAUAUGCACACGGUACACUCCAGACCAGGACACCAUGACCUUCUCAGACGGGCUGACCCUGAACAGGACCCAGAUGCACAACGCAGGCUUCGGCCCGCUCACAGACCUGGUGUUCGCCGCCCAAACACUCCUCCCCUCUGGAGAUGGACGACACCGUCAGGAUCUGGAGCAGGCAGACAAGGUGGAUGUUCUCCAGGAGCCCCUACUGGAGGCUCUGAAGAUCUACGUGAGGAAGAGGAGGCCUCAUAAACCACACAUGUUCCCCAAGAUGCUGAUGAAGAUCACUGACCUCAGGAGCAUCAGCGCCAAGGGAGCGGAGCGAGUGAUCACUCUGAAGAUGGAGAUCCCAGGCUCCAUGCCCCCACUCAUCCAGGAGAUGCUGGAGAACUCAGAGGGUCUGGAGGGCCAGGGGGCCAGCGGGGGCCGCUCCAGCGGAGGAGGGGCCCCACCAGGCAGCUGCAGCCCCAGCCUGUCCCCCAGCUCAGCCCGCAGCACUGGUGAAGAGAUCAGGCUGGUCAAUGGCACUAGUCUCUGCUCGGGGACAGUAGAGAUUCUUUACAAGGGCCAUUGGGGAAGAGUGUGUGGUCAGAAGUGGGACGUAAACGAUGCCAAUGUGGUGUGUGGCCAGCUGGGCUGUGGAAGGACUGUGAGUUUCCAAGGUACUGCCCACGUAGGUCAGGGUAGUGGUGGCAGACCUACUUGGCUGGAUGAUGUUGGGUGUAACGGCAGUGAGAGCUCCCUCACAGAAUGCUCACAUGGAGGAUUGAAACACCAUGACUGUUUACAGUCUCAAGACGCCGGAGUUGUCUGCUCAGUUAAACCUAACGUCAGACUGGUCAAUGGGAGUGACCUCUGCUCUGGGAGGGUGGAGGUCUAUCAAAUUGGUCACUGGCGAACCGUGUGUGAUGACGUGUGGGACUUGAAUGACACUGCUGUGGUGUGUAGACAGCUGGGCUGUGGGAGAGCUGAUAGUGCCACAGAGAGGGCCUACUUUGGUCAGGGCAGUGGGUCCAUUUGGCAGGAUGAUGUUGGCUGCUCUGGCAGUGAGUGCUCCAUCACACAGUGCCCACACACAGGAGGAGGAACACAUGACUGUAAUCAUGGUAACGACGCAGGUGUUAUUUGUUCAGGUGUUGUCUUGCAGAAGCCUUCACUCUCCACAGACCCGGCCUAUUCUGCCUUCUUGCAUGGAGAGGAGGUCCAUCUCACCUGCACUCUUCCAUCCUGUAUCCUCUGUAAUGCUGUGGAAUUCCUCUUCUAUCUGAAUAGAGACUCCAUCAUGUCCGUGACCGUUGGAUCCUCACAGCCCAGGGCUACUUUAACAAAGUUUAAGAUGGAUGCUUCACACCAGGGCAGUUACCGCUGUCUCUACAGAACCCUCUCCAACGGCCAAGUCAUCAGCUCCCCUUACAGCAACGUUACUAAAGUGGUCCUGCUACAGCCCAACAUCUCUCUCAGUCCUCCAAAUGGAGGGAUGUUUUGGGAACCUCAGGGGCCAGAGGUGAUCAGGGGCCACAGCUUCUCCAUCACCUGCUCCAUUCAGCCACAGUAUCCUGGAGGCCUCUUCUAUCUGAACUUCUCUGGAUCCAACAGAACUGAGACUACGCCAGCAGUCAACCACUCUGCCUCUUUCCACUUCCCUGUUGCAGAGUAUAAAGACCAGGGGAAAUACAGCUGCAGCUAUGGAGUCAACGUCUCCACCCGGUUAUUCAGGUCGGCUAAUAGUGAACUAGCUGUCACCAUUAGAGCAUUCAUGGUCCCCAUCAUUGUUUCUGGAGGGACUGGUGGGGUAGCACUGCUGUUUCUGCUUCUGCUUGUCAUCUGUCUAGUCAUCUUGAGGACAAGGAGGAGCAGAAAGCCAUCUACAGAGACUGGCCAGAGAGAAUGUAUUGACAACAGAGGGGAGGACCACGAAGAGGAAGAGGAAGAGGACUAUGUGAAUUUAGAAAACGACUGUUACAAGGGAGGUCUGGAAAGAGUGACGGGUGAAAAGAAGAAUGGGAAGGAAAAAGGGCACAGCUAUGGGAAAUCAGAGGAUGUCUAUGACAACGAGGAGGGAAACAUUCAAAGAAAGGGUGUUUGUGGGGGGUCUCAUGAGAAAAUGAAUAGUGAAGACGAUGAUGAAGAUUACGUUAAUGUCUCUGUCUAUGAUAAUGCUGUAGCACAUGAUAUGAAUGAAGACAUUUAUCAAAAACAGUCCGCGACAGAGACUGGUCAUCACACUUUUCACCAGAAAGCUUGUUCAGUUCUACAAGAGAAAAUACCUUUCUUUAUUUCUGACAUGAAGAUAAAAAUAUUGAGAAGUCUCCUCUAUCUGACAAUGGUUUAUCUACUAAAUGUGUUACCUGCUGUCACUUCCCAGAUCAGGCUGGUCAAUGGUACUGGUCGCUGCUCAGGAAGAGUGGAAAUCUAUUACAGUGGCCAGUGGGGAACAGUGUGUGAUGAUGACUGGGAUAUGAAUGAUGCUGCGGUGGUGUGUGGACAGCUGGGUUGUGGGAGUACUGUAGGUGCCCCACUUGCUGCCCAUUUUGGUCAGGGUAGUGAACCAACCUGGCUGGAUGAUGUGAAAUGCUCUGGAAGUGAAGGCUACCUCUCAGAGUGCUCACACGGAGGAUUUGGAGUUGAAAACUGCAAUCAUGGUGAAGAUGCUGGUGUUUUCUGCCUCUCAGGUUUAACCCUGAAGAGACCUACCCUCUCUAAAACGCCUUCCCAUUCAGCUUUUUCACCUGGUGAAACGGUUCAGUUCAUCUGCUCUGUCUCACAGCGAAUUGCCAUCACUGCAAACUUUGACUUAUAUAGGGGAGGAUCUCCAAUAAUGACCCAGGCAGUUGCAUCCACUCAGACCACUGAGACUUUCACAUUGUCCAGUCUGCAAUCUUCACACCAGGGAAGGUACAGUUGUCUACAACAGAUAACCCAGAAUGGUCAGAAAAUGAUCAGCUCUUCUUCCAGCAACUCCAUGGACAUUACUAUUGUCGUCUUGCUACAGCCCAACAUCUCUCUCAGUGCUCCAAAUGGAUCGAUGGUCUGGGGACUUCAGGGGCCAGAGGUGACCAGGGGCCACAGCUUCUUCAUCACCUGCUCCAUUCAGCCACAGUAUCCUGGAGGCCUCUUCUAUCUGGACUUCUCUGGGUCCAACAGAACUGAGACUAAGCCAGCAGUCAACCACUCUGCCUCCUUCCACUUCCCUGUUGCAGUGUAUAAAGACCAGGGGAACUACAGUUGUGUUUAUGAAGUUAAUGUCUCCACCCUGUCAUUCCAUUCUACCAAGACAGAGAUGCUGACAGUCAGCAUUCAAGCAUCUAUAGUCCCCAUUAUUGCCGCUGGCGCAAUAGGUGGGCUCCUCCUCCUCCUUCUGCUGCUAAUUCCUUGUCUAGUCUGGAGGAAGAGAAACAGCAGAGAGCAGUCUAUUAUGAUAAACCCAAGAGAAACUUCCAUUAACAUGAACGCAUAUGGAAACACUGGAGGUGCAGCGAGUGAAGAGGAUUAUGAAGAGGAUUACGUCAACGCAGAAACCUUUGUCAACAAGAGCAAAGAUGAAGACUUGAAAAAAGGAUGCCAUGCAGGAAUGAAUGCUCCAGGAGCCAUCAACAAGUGUGGAAACAACCAAGGUGAAGGGCCAGAGGCAGCUGCAAUGAGCAUGAACAAGUACGGAAACACUGUGGGUGCAGCGAGUGAGGAAGUUGACGAAGAGGAUUACGUCAACGCAGAAAUCUUUGUCAAUAAGAGCAAAGAUGAAGACAUGAAAAAGGAUGCCAUGCAAGCAUGAAUCCUCCAGGAGCCAUCAACAAGUGUGGAAACAACCAAGGUGAAGGGCCAGAGGCAGCUGCAAUGAGCAUGAACAAGUACGGAAACACUG